GAAUUAAUAGAGGAAUAUUUGGAGCCUCAUCUGACAAAAAAUCUGAAAUUGAGGAGUUGGUCAAGCAACUGGAGUCUCAAAAUCCAACUCCUGAACCAACCUCAUCUCUAGAUAAGGUAGCUGGAAGUUGGAAGCUUAUAUACAGUACUAUAAGCAUUCUAGGAUCAAGAAGAACAAAAUUAGGAUUAAGAGAUUUUAUCACACUUGGGGAUUUGUAUCAGAAUAUUAAUACUUCUGAGGGAAAAGCUGUGAAUGUGAUAAAGUUUAAUGCCAGAGGAUUAAGUUUAUUGAGUGGAGAGCUAAGGAUCGAAGCCAGAUUCAAGAUUGCAUCCAAAUCAAGAGUUGCCAUUUUCUACAACGGUUCUGCAAUAACACCAGACCAGUUGAUGAACGUGUUUCAGAAGAACUACGAUCUUCUUCUUGGCAUCUUCAACCCUGAGGGCUGGCUUGAGAUUACAUAUGUUGAUGAGAAUUUGAGGAUAGGCAGAGAUGACAAGGGCAACAUUUUUGUUUUGGAGAGAUCACAGGAGGAUAAACUUUGAGAAUUCAUGAUUUACAUUAACCUAAUUCUCCUGCCCUUUUUUCCCUUAUUUAUAAUGUAAAUUCCAAUACACCCUUCAUACAUAUAUAGAAGAAAUAAUCCCACUUAUAGAUAUGUUAUCACAAUAAACUGAUACUUCCUCUGUUUUAAAAAAGAAUGGACUUUUUACUAUUUAAA